GACUUUACCAACCUUAAUUACUACUGUAUAUACCAAACACAUAACCUAUUUAUAUACUUAUAAUGACGUAAAAAUGGAUAUUGAUACUGAUGAAAUUGAUUAUUCUGCUAUGGAAGCAAGAAAUGAAAUACAAGGACAAACCCAUACGCGCCAAGAAAAUGAUG